UAGUGAUUUAAGUUCAAUAUUUUAUUUUUAUUUUAAGUCAAAAUCCCGAGUGCCUUUCGAAAUGAAUCACCUAAAACCGCUGCUUGCGAUGCUAGUGCUGCUAGUUACAUUUGAAAGAAGUACAGCAAUUUGGUGCUACCGCUGCACGUCGGCCACACCCGGUUGCGGGGACAACUUCAACUGGCGAGGAAUCGGCUACCUGGGUGAUGCCUGUCCAGAGGAUGACGACAUCUGCGUUAAGGUGAUCGAACGGAAAGGCGUGACGGAAACCGUAACUCGGGAGUGCCUUAGUGCUCUGCAGGGCUUCCGCACGGACAUACCGGCCGAUAAGUACGAGGGAUGUCGCCCGGCGGCAAAGGACGAACAGCUGGCACAUUAUGUGAACAACUCUAUCAAGGAGUUGGAUGUCAAGAGGGAUCACUUCCCGCAGACGACGUUCUGUUUUUGCUUCCUGGACCAUCGAUGCAACGGGGCACCACGGGGAGUGAGUGGAGUUUCGUGGAAGGUGGCACUGGGAGCGGUGGCAGUGGCCGGAAUCUUGCGAAGGUUUUAAGCUGUAACGCUGAGCUGUCCCAUGAUUCA